AAGGCCUUAAACUAUGGCUUCUUUGUCCUGCCCCAAAUGUAUCUACCCAAUUCUACCAGUUCUUUUGGUUUAGUAACAGUACAUCGACUUUAUUAGACACGCUCGCCCUCUCUUGUGCAUUUUCUCUGUGAGCAUCGGGUUUUAUACUUUCUGUAUUUGUAAUGCCUAGAACCCGCUAAAAAAUUCGACGUAUCGUCAAUUGCCUGUUGUCUGUUACACGUCUCCUCGUGGUCUGUAGCCUUGGAAAAAAAUUGACGUCGACCUGGUCGUCGUUCUGUUGGCGGCUGGCAGUGAGGUGGACCUCGUCGACAGAAUGUUCGGCGAGGGCGGCGACACGCUGGUACCCCUCAAGCACAUCACGCCUAUCCUCGUCAUCUACACCACCGUGCUGAGACCGGGGGACGACCCCUACGGCAGGGCAGAUGUGGAAACAAUCGUCUCGGCGCUCAGGGGCAUAGGGUGGCUGCACACGGCCAUCGCGGUGCAAAAGCAUGACGGCUCUCGUCUCAAGACGGUGCCGGUGUAUCUGUCGCGGCCGGGGUUCUUGCCCGGGUAUCGCUGCGGCUUUGGCCCGUCCACGACGACGUUGGAGUUGUUGUGGUCGGCGGGGGAUAGCCUCACUGCGGAUUCCGUCCGUUUUCUGGAGCCUCGAGGGCGUUCUCCGCUUAACGGCUGUGAUGUCCAUGUGGCACCUCUAGAAAGUGCCCCCUAUGUGUACGCAGAUCCUGCCGGUGGCCUCCGAGGCCUCGACAUUAACCUGGUGAACUACUUCGCAGCGUACGGAAACGCAACCGUAUACUUUUUGCCACUUACGGUUGCAGCAACCAACGCCUUCCUUCGGCAAAGACCGAAAAAGACCAAAGACAGUAUCUACCAAGCAUUCAAGCAGUAUGAUGUGGUUGUGGGCGGCCUGUUCCCCACUGUCGGACGCUGCAAAGUCUUCGACCCCACCGCUCCGUACGGCCAGGACGCGAUUAGUGCGUUCGUGACGGCUAGACUGCCCGUGGAUGCGUGGCGGUACCCGUUCGUCGUUUUGAGUCCUCGGUUGUGGGCAGCGGUGUGUGGUGUCAUGGUGCUGCUCGUGGUGGUGUUCCGGGCGAUUAGUGGCGGAGGUUUCGAGAAUGUCAUAGUCCUUCUCGGCGUAUUGCUUGACGGGGAGCCUAAUCCCAAGUUAAGAGGGAUCCCUAAGCGGACUGUGUUUCUCAUAUUUCUGUGGACCAUCUUCUGCAUGCACUUCAACUCGGGCUACCGCGCCAGCCUGGCUAUGGCCUUCAUCGAUCGCAUUAGCCAGCCCGGGCCCAGCGGCAUCCGAGACGUCAAGAGGGUCGGAUUCUUGUUUGACGUGGCCACGUACCUGCUAAAGGAGGACGACAAGUUGAACACUAGCCCUCGACUCGAGAUCUGUAACAGCUUAAGCAACUGUUCCGCUCAGAUCAGGAGAGACCCGGAGAACAUGGGGUUCGUCAUGUCGGAAGCAUCCAUGUGGGCUGCGGCGCCACGUCACUUUAUGGACGACCAACUCAAAUUACUUCUUAGGAGAAGCGAGAGGCUGGCCACGUUCUUCGUCAGCUUUUUGGUCCAUAAGGGCUCCCUUCUUCGUGAGCCCCUCGACGACGCAUUGACGAAGACGCGCGAGUUUGGGCUCACCUCCAGGGCGUUCACCGCCAUAGAAAGGAACUUAACAAGAUUUAUGGCUAAAAAGUACCGCGACCGCCUCGGCAUGGUCAACCACAACGGCCUCUCUCUGGUGGUUGGCGUCUGCGGGCUUCUAUUGGCCGGCCUCGCCCUGGCCACGCUGGUGUUCUGCGGAGAGCUGGUCCAUCAUAGGCUGAGCCAGGCCCGUGCUGGGCUAAGGCUCGAUGCUCCACGCAUUUCGUCUUUAGUUGACUAGCUGGACGAAUCGAGAUAUCAACAGAAAACAGUUUUCAAAAACACUGUGACCAAAUCUUUAGACUGAAUCUCAGAUCCAUUUUCUUCUGGACGAAUUGUCCAAUCGACCUUCGCGAAUUAAACUUGAAUCCGGAAUUGUCUCGCAUUUAAUUGGGGAUUUGACCGAUGCUGUUUUCGUCGUGAUGACAUUUUGUCACCAAAAUAUUGAGCUGAAAAGUGCAGAGA